AUGUUCAAAGUAGUUCGAGAUAGUGCAAUUAGGAAUAAAGUCACGAGUUAUUUGAAAAAUAUUCGACAUGAAAAACGGUUUUUGGCUACUCAACAAGAAGUUGUGUCGUCGGCUGAUGUCGUGAUUAUCGGCGGUGGUAUAGCAGGAUGUAAUACGUUGUACCAGCUUACAAAACGAGGAGUGAACGCCGUGCUGCUGGAGCGAGCUAAACUGACAAGCGGAACAACAUGGCAUACAGCUGGACUUGUAUGGUCGCUAAGACCAUGUGAUUUAGAAGUUAAAUUAUUGCGGGACUCAAGGAAAGUCUACAGUACCUUGGAAGAAGAGACUGGGGACCAUGCAGGGUGGACCAAUAAUGGCGGCAUGUUCAUAUCUCGGAGUAAAGUCCGAACACAAGAAUACCUAAGACUACACACACUGGGUAAGGCAUUGAACAUUCCUAGCGAAGUGUUGAGUCCAGCUGACGCGCAGAAGAAGUUCCCACUCCUCGACCCUUCGGUGUUCCAAAUGGCUCUCUACGCCUCUGAAGAUGGGACAAUAGACCCUUCUAUGGCGUGCAAUGCUCUUGUAAAAGUGGCUUUGAAAAAUGGAGGGAAGGUGUAUGAAGACUGUCCAGUACUAGACGUCCAUUACACACACAAUCUACUCGGAAACAAGGAAGUUACAGCCGUACACACAGACAGGGGAGUUAUCAAGACUAAGUGUGUUGUUAAUUGUGGAGGAGCAUGGGGUCCCCGCGUUGCCCGUUUUGCAGGCGUUCCAAGCCUUCCACUGAUUCCAUUCAAACACGCAUAUGUGGUGAUGGAUGCGACACCAGAAAUUAGAGGUGGUCCUAACAUUAGAGAUCAUGAUGUCGACUUGUAUAUCAAGGUGCAAGGAGAGUCGUGUCAUGUUGGAGGCUAUGAGAGCAACCCGCAUAUGCUUGACCAGGUACCAGAUAACCUACAGUUCCAUUUGUACGAGUUAGAUUGGGACGUGUUCGGCGUCCACAUGACGAGUGCCACCUCAUUAUGUCCCAAGCUCGGUACGGUUGGAGUCAAGAGUACUGUUUGCGGUCCUGAGUCCUUCACUCCUGACCAUAAGCCCCUGCUUGGAGAGGAUCCUAAUGUUUUUGGUCUGUAUCACAACUGCGGCUACAACUCGGCCGGUAUGAUGUUUUCUGCGGGAUGCGGUAUACAAAUGGCGGAAUGGAUCGUAACUGGAAGACCACAAUACAACAUGUUCACCUUCGACAUUCGUCGGUUCACGCCUGGUCAGAUGUCACGCCCACAUUGGAUGCGUGAAACCAGUCACGAAGCGUAUGCUAGGAACUAUAACAUAGUGUUCCCUCACGAUGAGCACUUAGCUGGUAGAGACGCGAGCCAUGAUGCCUUGCAUCAAGAACUUGUGGAAGAUGGAGCAGUUAUGCAGUCUAGAGCUGGGUGGGAACGACCAGCCUUCUUUUUGCCCGGAGAGAAGAUAAGAGUACAGCAGUACGACUGGGGUGGUGCCCACUCUGAUUACCCCAGGAACAUCGACCAGCGAUACGAGGAAAUUCUCAAGGGAGAACAUUCCUUCGAUUUUUCUAAACACCACAAUAUUAUCGGUAAAGAAGCCUUAGCGUGCCGUAAUGCAGCGGCUCUAUUCAACAUGUCGUACUACGGCAAGUUCUACCUGACCGGGCCGGACGCACAGCGCACUGCUGACCUCGCAUUCACUGCCGAUCUCUCUAAACAUGAUGAUAGGGUGGUGUAUUCUCUGCUAUUGAACGAUAAGGGAGGUGUGGAAGCUGACGUCACUGUCAGCAUUCUAGAUGGCGGCACUGGUGGGCUACACGAGCCUAUCUUCAAGGGUCGUGGUUACUACGUAGUUACAAGUGGUUUUAGUGCGAACCAUACAUUGGCCCACCUGCGCCGGAUCAUCAACACGCAUAAAUUGCGUGCCACCAUCACUGACGUCACCAAGCAGAUGUGCAUUCUUAGUGUUCAGGGACCUGAUAGCCAACGCAUCCUCCAACGCUAUACCGACGCCGGUCUCUCAAACGACGCCUUCCCAGUGAACACACAUCGCAGCAUUCACGUCACCAAGGCAGCUAACACUCCAGAAGACAAACGCUACAGAUGCAGGGCAUUAAGAGUCACAUGGUCUGGGGAAUUAGGGUGGGAAUUGCAUGUACCGUCCGCUCAUGCUAUACCGGUAUAUAAGGCGUUGAGUCGCGCCAAGGGAUUGAGGAACGCUGGCUGGAGAGCGCUCACGUCUUUGAGUGCGGAGAAAGGAUACCACCUAUGGAACGCUGAUUUGAGAGCCGAUGACAACCCGGUAGAGGCUGGUUUGGGCUUCGCGUGCAGGAAGGAUGGAGACUACAUUGGGAAUGAACAUGUUACCAGAGCCAAGGCCAACGGAGUCACCAAGAAAUACGCAUUCUUUACUCUUGAUGAAAAGGUGGCAAUCUUCGGUCAGGAAGCCAUAUUCAGAAACGGUGAACCUGUAGGUUACCUUAGGAGGGGAGACUAUGCCUUCUACCUAGACAAACCUAUUGGUAUCGGCUACGUGACUAACAAGGGCGACCUAGUCACCAAAGAUUACUUAAAAGAGGGAGAUUAUGAGAUUGAGGUACUGGGACAGAAGCACAAAGCGACAUUGCACUUUAAAUCUCCAUUCGACCCUAAUGGGCAAAGGUUACUUGGAAACUACGGUCCUCAAGGCAUGGACGAGAAUACCCAUGAACCCCACGCAGGACAAAAUGAAAGAGCUGGCGGUAGUGAAUAA